AUGGCGGAAUAUGGAGGUGAUGAUAGCUCCGAGGACAAUAUAUUUAUCGCUGAGCUAUCGCCUUCCAAAGGUGCUAUUGACGUGUUAGAUGUGAGUCAUAUCGAGAAAAAUAAAAUAUCACGUCCGAAAAGUAUCGCUCAUAAGUUCAAAAGCCUGGUAAAAGUAAAAAAGAAAAUACAUAAACCAGAAAAAUAUUUUACUGAUGGUAGAAAUGUGACAGAAGCGAAUGUAACAGACCUAGAUAAAACAAAACCUUAUAAAUACCCCACAUCGUAUGAGGAGCUGGGUCAUAAGAUAAUGACCAGAGCAUGGAGAAAAGGCGAAGUGAAAGAAGAUUUACAAGUACCCAUCCAUAAGAAACAAGGUUUAAAGGAGAAACUGAACAACGAUUUGUUUAAUAGAUUAUAUGUAAAAGUACCGCCUGAUAGUACGAAGACUAUACUCGAUCUUGAUCCUCAAUAUUUCAAAGUUGUCGAAGGGAGGCCAAUACACGAAUCAUUCAAUAGAAGAGAUUACAUAGAAACAGUUAGAGAUGUACUACGAACAAAAAUUCUGAUUGGAUAUCGAGAAGACGAUAUUGCUUUGAUCAAUCAAAAUUUGGCGAAUGAACAGAAAAUGAUUCAACAGAUUCAAGAAAACUAUCAAAUGUAUGUUAACGCAUUCGAAGAUUUGUUAUUCAGAGACCAUUUGUCUGCUAAACAACUUUUGGGUGAAUCUGAUGCCAUUGCUAAUGAAGCGUACGAUAAAUAUGAAGAAUAUAAGCGUCUGGCAAAGAAAUAUGGAGCAAUGAAAGCGGCUUUGUACAGUUCAGAAGAGAAAUGGGCAAAUUGUAGAAUGUACCAAAAGUUUCUUUACAAAAUCAGUCCGUUGCAAUGGAGAAAUGAACAUUCCAUCAAAGCGAUAGACGAAAAUGAAAUGGAUGACCACCUUACUGAACUUCGAGCUUCCUUGGUAGAAAAAGAUACAUCUUUAUCAGAAAUUAUAGAUUUUAUAAAAAUUGAAUGUGCCAACGAGCCACCACCAGAGCUUUAUUUUACAGAUACGGAUCAACUGAUAGACGUCUUUAGAUUCAUGGAAGUGCAGAAUUUAAAUUAUUUGCUGCACGCUGAAGAACUGUCAAUUCCAUUGGCGAAUAUCAAAGACGGUAUGAGAUUUGCCAAUCAAUUAUUCGAUGUCCAAAUAAACGACUUGGAACAAAGCAUUUCGGAUCUUGCUAGUGGUAUCGAAUGGGAAGAAAAUAGAGCAAAAGAACUAGAAAACUUGGCGCAAACGCUUAUAAGCAACGAUUUUAAAAAACUGAUAAUGAGUGAAGAGAUAUUGAAUUUGCACGUUUUUGUUGAAGAUGUAUAUGAAACGAGAAUCGGCCCGAAUGACGCGAAUAAUAGCAUGUUGGAAAUGAUGAAACAAAUAGAACAAAAAUAUAGAUACGAAGUUCUAAGUUUCGACAUGGUACCUGCUGAGCAAGUUGCUUUACUCGAAGGUACUUGCUACAAUGAACAAAUGAAAAUUAUGAAACUAGCUGAAAAGGCCGCCAAACAAUAUGCGGAGCUCAACACGCUUACGAAACAAUUGAACAAAGCUUAUGCUCCUCCAUUUAAACGAGGACUUGGAAAAGAGCCGAAGAACCGGUCCCAAGUAAUCGAUCCUCCUGUUAAAGUUGAACCUCCACCUAGGGAUCUCACCGAAGAGGAAGAAGAAUAUCUAGAGUACUUUACAGAUUUUUGCAAAUACACCGACGAUCCGACAAAAUACGGAAUUGACAGAUCAAGAAGCGGAAAAACAACGAUACCAUCGCAUGUUGUAGAUGAUGAAAAAGUAUCUGUUAGAACUCCAGGCCGAGCAAAAUAUGUAACUCGUAUUCACGGCAUUGAAUUUUUAGAGAAAAUUAUUAUGACAAACACGUAAUUAAAUAUAAAAUAUUUACCG